AUGGCAGGGACAACACCGCAACAGGAUGACGUUGAACUAACGUCAGAAAGAUUCGACGAUCUAGAUUUAGACCCAAGAACAAAAAAAGUACUCAAAGAUAAAGGAUAUAACUAUCUCACACAUGUACAAAGUAAGGUACUGCCAUUGGCAUUAGCAGGAAAGAAUCUUAUCAUACAGUCACCCACAGGAUCCGGUAAAACGUUAUGCUUCCUAUUACCAGCAGUCAAACUACUCUUCGAUGAUGGAUACUACGGAACACUGCCGUCAGAUGUAAGCUUACUAGGAUGCAUAUGCCUGGCAUCCACAAGGGAACUUGCUACGCAAAGCGCAAUACAAAUGAACGAUCUAUCGCAACCACUAGGAAUACGUGCAGGAUGCUGUAUAGGAGGGAUACGUGAUAAAUACGACAAGUCAAAUGCAAGGAAAUUACAUAUAUUAACAGGAACACCUGGAAGGGUACUGGCACUGUUGUCUAAUCAAUCAAUAAGUGACACCGCUAAUAUGAAACUGUUGGUACUAGACGAGGCAGACCGGCUGCUUGAUAGCGGAUUCAGAAAUGAUAUACUAGAUAUUAUGACAUAUAUGACACCAGAUACACAAAUAUUGCUAUUCUCAGCAACAAUUAAGUCGUCACUACAAAAUCUAUGCAACUCCCUAUUGCAGGGAAAAGAAUAUGAAUAUGUAUGUCUAGGUUCUGAUGCAGCUCUAUUGUCAGAAAAUAAACUGAGACAGGAAUAUAUAAUUGUACCAGUUAACCUUAAACUUCCAGCACUCUUCCACUUGCUGAGCAAAAAUCAGGGAAAAAGGUUCAUAGUAUUCCUAGCCACAUGUAAACAGGUGCGAUUUGUAUUCGAAGUAUUCAAAAGGUUGAUACCAGCGAUACCCAUGACAGAGUGGCAUGGAAAACAAAGCCAAUUAAAAAGAAAUGAACAGUUCACACGAUUUGCUGCUAAACAAAAUAACGGGUGCAUUUUUACUACAGAUGUAGCUGCUAGAGGAGUAGACUUCCCAGCAGUAGACUAUGUAGUACAAAUGGAUAUACCAGAUUCUGUAAAUACAUAUACACAUAGGGUAGGACGUACAGGAAGGUUGACAGUGGAAGGAAAACGCAGCUUUGGUAUUGCAUUUUCGAUUAUUGGCGAAAAUGAAACACAAUUUGUCGACGAUUUAAAGACGUCGGGGGUCAAGUUACAUAAUCUAACCAAGUUGUUAUCCACGUUCUUAAUGCGCAAACAAAAUUACGUUCUAAACAAAUUACAGGCGCUACUUGCAAAAGAAGCCUGGAUUAAAGAAGUUGCACAACGGGCUGUUAUCGCAUAUAUGAGGUAUCUAACAACACGAAAAUCCGUAACAUUAUCGGGACAAGCUCUAGUGGAAACUGUUAAAGAAAUGGCACUUGCAUAUGGACUACCUACGCCACCACAGAUACAAAUUCAAGAUGACGAUGAUAAGGUUAAAAAACCAAGCAAACUUGAGAAACUCAAAGAAAAAAUAAGAGCCAAGAAACAUAGGAACUCACAAAGCAAUACAACAGAAGAUCAACAAGCACAAGAACAAACAAAUGAAAAUACAAUGGAACAUCUAUCGGAUGAUAACGAAGAGGAGGAGGAGGACACUGAUAUGAUCCUGAAACGAGUUGGAGAAGAUGGUGUAGAAGAAGAUUUGAAGAACUACCAAGAACGAAAGUCAACGGAAAAUAAUGAAGAUAAACGUUUGAAGGCAUCACUAGCAUCUAGUCGUAAAAAGUUAAGACUGAACCGUCAUGGUGUGGCGAAAAUAAGAGGCGUAGAAACGAUACGGCAGACGGAACAGAAACAUGUCAUGUUCGAAGCAGAGUCCGACGAAGACGAAAAUACAUACGAAGAUGAAGUGCCGACACUGGACGAACUAUCGUCAGAAAAGAAGGCAUACACACAACGACUAGCAGAACAGCUCAAACAAAAUGCCGAACAUGAUCACGAAUGGGAAGCACGCCGCCGUGCCAUAAAACGUGCAAAACGACUUAGCAAACCACUAUCGACAUGA